AGGUUAAGUUCUUUUUUAGGAUGACAUCAACAUAUAUCACUUUAUUCUGUGUCAUAUUCUUUGGCAGUCAGCUUGAUCUGCAAAGAGUACAAGGGUACACCUUAAUGCAACACCUUGCACAGCAAGCGAACUCUCUGCAGUAUGGGUUGAAUUUGGCAAAAAAAUACAACAUAAGAGGUAGCAGUGCACGUAUUGCAUUUUCUGCAAGGACUUCCAGUAACUUGGCAUACAGUAGUGGAAAUAUCGUAUCCUUUCCGUACGUCAUUACGAACCAAGGGUACGCUUUUAAGAACAGCAAGUAUUUCCAAGCCCCACAUUCUGGAAUGUACGUGUUCAGUUGGUCUAUUCGUACCGUCUCCAGCGGAAAUAAGGCAUACACCAGUAUUCGGGUAAACGGCAGUAUAAAACAACAAAGUUAUUGUUACACGGGAACAUCGUCCUACUCCGAUUCCUGUUCAACAACGGUUGUCCUUAGCCUGAACAAAUACGACAAGGUGUCAAUCUACUCGGAUUCUUCUUCUGCGUACGUUGCAGCCACGUAUUCAUCUUUCGCCGGUUGGGAAUUGUAAUAUGUUUUGGCAAUAAAAGCACAUUGUAUUUGUU